ACCUCUAUAAGACUCAUAAGUAUAAGUACCGCGACAGACAGGGUCAUUCACAAAGGUGUUUGUGACUAUGUUCAACGAUGUUCAAGCUUCGUCUAACCGAAUACAUGUUAUUACCAGCCCUCCUAAGUUUAGUUCAAUGGAAAUCGUGUUGUUCGUUUGAGGUGUAUAAUUUUGACGACACCCCUGGCCUGGGUCGUGUCUUUGAUGGGAUAGGAGCCAUAAGCGGAGGCGGGGCAACGUCAAAACUACUUGUUGGAUACCCUGAUAAGCAAAGAAAUGAGAUUCUGGAUUACUUGUUCAAGCCAAACUUCGGAGCUUCGCUUCAAAUUCUUAAAGUAGAAAUUGGGAGCGACACCCAAAGUACAGAUGGGACCGAGUCCACCCACAUGAGAACACCGGACGAGGAGAACUAUGAGCGGGGGUAUGAAUGGUGGCUCAUGAUGGAGGCAAAGAAGCGUAAUCCAGACAUAAAACUAUAUGGCCUCCCGUGGGGAUUCCCUGGCUGGGUUGGAGGAAGCACAGGAAACAUUUAUGAUGACCCUGAUCGGACAUCUAUGUACGUCGUUAAGUGGAUAAACGGGGCUAAGGUUCACUACAAUCUAACAGUGGAUUACAUCGGGAUAUGGAACGAGAGGAUGUACAAUACAACAUAUAUUAAGACUUUGAGAAAGGACCUUGAUGCAAAUGGUUUAGUGGGCACAAAGAUCAUUGCUGCCGAUUAUGCCAGUGCUUACUCCUGGAAGACACUAACAGCGGAAAUACUUGCAGAUCCGCAGUUGGCAGCAGCAGUUUAUGGAAUAGGUGUGCAUCACCCUGGGACCUAUUCCUCCGCAUCUGCCAUUGCCACGGGGAAGCCACUAUGGGCGUCAGAGGACUACAGUACCUUCAACAACCAGACGGGGGCGGGAUGCUGGGCAAGGACACUUAAUCAAAACUAUGUAAACGGAAACUUGACAGGCUGUAUUGCCUGGGCGUUGAUAACAAGUUGGUAUUUUGACCUUCCUUACUUUGGUCACGGUUUGAUGAACGCUUUGGAGCCGUGGAGUGGUCAUUAUGAAGUGUCCAGUCCUAUCUGGGUCACAGCCCACACAACACAGUUUACCCGAGUUGGGUGGAAAUAUCUGAAGCACGGUUCUGGUGUUGGGAAACUGACUCGAGGAGGAAGCUAUGUUUCACUGGUCAGCCCCGAUGGCAAAGACUUUACGAUCGUUAUUGAAACAAUGAGUCAUAAUGGAUCAGUGUGUUGGAACCCGCGUUCUAUCCCAUGGUAUGACGUUUCGCCUCAGAACAUCACCCUUGUUUUUGAUGGAAGUUUGGCCGGCAUUACGUACAUCAACUCGUUCUUCACACAGUUGCACACUGCCGGCGAACCAACCAUCUUCAAACCGUUUUUUCCAAUGAUGGUUGAGAACAACCGUUUGGACGUGUACCUUGGCGUGGAUCAGAUUCUUACAUUGACUACCGUCGGUCAGGGCAGGAAGGGACAAUACCCGCAUCCACCUCCAUCUGAACUCUUUCCACUGCCAUACACACAGGACUUCGAAAGCUACAGAAUAAACGAAGAGCCAUAUCUGUUUGCGCAGCAGAUCGGAUCAUUUGAAGUACACCAAGCAGGUGGAAGCCAUGGCCAGGUGAUGCGCCAAAUGACCCUGAGGAUGACCAUCCCUUUUUGUAACCAGACUGCAGCUGGCAUAACUAUAAUCGGAAAUACUAAUUGGACGGACAUUUACGGGGAGGCUGAUGUGUAUAAUGAUGGCACCGAUGCAUCCAAAGGAGUCUUCAUUGCUGCCAGGGUCUCCAAGGGAGGGUGUAAGACUUACUCAUCCCAAGGCGUGUUUUUCUUUUUCUACCCUCAAGAGAACGCCUAUCAACUCGCCCCUACGUUGGAUCGUAGGAGUAUUUUACAAGGCGGAUACGUAAGGGGCGUUAACAAAGGUUGGAAUAACAUAUCCUUGAAUGUUCAGGGAACAACAGCGGUGGGCAAGGUCAACGAUGAAAUAGUGUUCACUUACUCUAACCUCCCGUCUGAACCGAACCAAGGCUUUGUGGCUGUUGGAACAGGAUCACUGGGAUACGCAGAUUUCGACAAUGUGAAAAUAAUGAGUCCUUCUGGAACAUAUGUCCCUUGAGCUGUCCUGAGUCGUGCUUCUUGACGUCAAUAAAUGAAGGAGUC